AUGCUCUCGGAUUUAAAGAAGAAUGGCGUUCUGGGGCGAGAAGCGAUUCUCCGGAAGACCAUGCUAGACGACUGCAAAAGCGAAAGAUUUGAAGAAAUUUUGGCUUCUUUCUCCACAGCCGUUUUGCGCAAAUCUCUCCUCCCGAGCCAAGCUCGAAGCAUUGCUAUCGAUCUAGCCACUGCUCAACAGUUAACGGCAUGCGACCAAAGCAACAUACUCCCGUUGAUUCUUGCCUACCGCUCCUCCCUUAGCUCUACUAUUAACGAAAGGAAGAGUCUUGGCUGCUUCUACGCAAAUCUCAACCAACAUCUCCACGCCAAAGCAGACGAGCUUUCGAAGCGCUCUCCCUCAGGAGCAAGGUCCUUGCUCGCUGCCGAUAAAGUGGAGCAUACACGACGCAAUAUUAUUUCUGCAUGGUACGGCAGUGGAGACUGGGCAAAGGCCAUUUUGGAUGGUGGGUUGCAGGUGGAUUUGGACCCUCUUCUAGAACUGGACUUCUCUCGAUUACGCUUGGUAGCGAAGACUGACGGUUUGGAUUCUGUACGAUCACGACGGUCUUCCGAUCUUCUCGCAGACUUAGACAAACGCAUUGCGCAGCAGAAAUCAAAGUUACAAAAAUGGCGAGAAUUUAGACGGACGUUGACGGAGGAUGAACCAGAUGCUACAGGGACGGAAGCGCACAGCCAAAAUCGCGUGUUGGCGUUCCGGGAUCAUCAAAAAUUAACAGUGGCGUCUCUUGCACAGAUAGGUCAAGUGGCUCAGAACCCAAAUGCCCAAAAUCCGGAUUAUAAGACUCUGUUGGCAGAUUUCCAUGAGUCGCUUGCCAAAUUUACAUUAGGCGCUAAGCUACCAGAUAGACGGUGGAAGGUGGAGAGCCCCAUACAUCAAGAUAGAGAGGAAGAAAGAGUUCACGAUGGUGAAGAAGAGCGAGCGAUGGCUUAUAAGUCCGAUCAAGCUCCUAGCCUGCAAUUGCCUACCCGACUCAGAGAAAUGGAACCCUCAGUAGGAUCAAUAUCAGUCGGUCUUUCUAGGGAUGUCUCGAUGCAAAAUGCUAGCCCUCCUAUGGAGAUGUCACCUGCACAAAUAGCUGAAGCGGCCGCUUCCCAGAGCUACCAAUCUCAAGAACCAAAUCCACACGAUCAUACGCACGACAUAUCUGAACGAGCAGACCAUAGUGCCUUCACUCUGGUUGAACGUACUCGACAAUCAAUGUCCCGACUUUCAGUUCCGGAAGCCCGUCCCCGGCAGUCCUUAGGGAAAUCUAGAGUUUCAAGGCAUUCACAAUCUUUUCCCAUCAACCAGUUCGAGACCCCUGACAAUAAACAAAGACAAAAGCAAGGCCAAAGAUCGGGUGCUACUACUCCAAGAGAUGAACUAUUCAGCGAAGAUGCGGAUUAUGCCAGUGUGUUUAAGAGUCGGCCGAAGAUUGCUACAAGCCCGGUCGGUUCUCCCAUCGUGCAUGUGCCGCUAUAUGCGGAUGAUAACGCGGCUGAGAUAUCAGAUAUGGAAGUUUGCGAGGUCGACAGUUAUUUCCACCUUGACGCAGAGAAUUCGCCUUCUCUAAGGAGAACGAUGUACAUGUGA